AGAACUUUUGCUUCUGUUACAGAUAUGAACAAUGACAAUAGUUAAUAAACAGAAAUCUUCAAGCUCCAAAAAGUCAUCAUCCAGGAGACCAGACAAAUCCAAGACACGCCGCUCAAAAAAGAUGUCAUCACACUCUGCCAAUCUAGGCCGGGUAGCACCUCCACAAGAUACCAACAAGGUCUCUGUAGACAAAGGACCCGGGGGUGCUAUCUAUUGCAGAUCAUCUCAGAAAUCUAAACAUUUUGGCCAAAGAGACUUAGUUGUUAAUGACGGAAUUGCCCCGCCGCAAAGUAUACUCUUUCCGCCGGAAAAAAUUUGCAUGGAUUGGCAGCAGACUCAAAGCGUUGGAGUGGGCCUACAGAAUCUUGGCAACACAUGUUUCCUCAAUUCGACCCUGCAGUGUUUGACCUAUACUCCACCUCUUGCCAAUUAUAUGCUUUCCCUCGAACACACCCGGUCAUGUCAUAUGCGAGGAUUUUGCAUGAUGUGUAUCCUGCAGACUCACAUUAACCAGGUCCUCUGCGCUAGCGAUGCCAUCAGCCCAACAUCUGUUAUUAAGGGCCUUAAAAGAAUUGGAAAAAAUUUACAUUACGGUAGUCAAGAGGAUGCCCAUGAAUUCUUAAGUUUCGUCUUUGACGCUUUGCAGAAGUCAUGUUUGAAUGGAAGCACCAAACUGGACAUAUCAUCUCAAUCCACUACACUUAUUUAUCAGAUAUUCGGAGGCUAUCUAAGAUCCCGAGUCAAGUGCUUGAACUGCAAAGCGGUUUCAGAUACCUAUGAGCCAUGCCUUGAUAUUACUUUGACUAUAAAGGGAAUUACAACUCUUACUAAAGCCUUAGAGGAGUUCGUGAAGCCCGAACAACUUGAUGGUGAAAACAGCUAUAAGUGCAGCAAGUGUAAAAAGAUGGUUCCUGCAUCAAAGAGGUACACGAUACAUCGUUCUUCCAACGUUCUCACAAUAACACUGAAAAGAUUUGCAAAUUAUACAGGUGGAAAGAUCAACAAGGAUGUAAAAUAUCCUGAAUAUUUGGAUCUUCGAGCAUAUAUGUCCCAGUCAAUGGGAGAACCACUCAUCUAUGCUUUAUAUGCAGUUCUUGUACAUAAUGGUUUCGGCUGUAAUGCUGGACACUAUCUCUGUGUAAUAAAGGCCAGUGAUGGACGUUGGUAUCGAAUGAAUGAUGCUUCAGUAGAAGUUGUUAGUAUGAAAACAGUUCUCACUCAGCAAGCUUACGUACUUUUUUAUAUCAGGCGCUAUGAUUUGACACUCGGAGAACGUGCUUUUUACGUACCAUCACCGUCUUACUCCCGUUCAUUCCUUGGUCAGCAGGGGACUAAUAGUAAGCAGACUGGAGUUAUGGGACCACGACUUCCUCCUCAUAUGACUAAGAACUCAAGUCGUUUAAAUGGAAAUGGACCCCUAAAAGAGGACUCAAAUACCGUUGGUGUCACUCUGAAAAGGCCAUCUUCAGCUCCGCCAACAGCUUGUGUUCAAAACUGGGCAAAUACCAGGCCUUCAAUUACAGACUCAGCAAAAAAACAGAAGAUCACUAUCAGUAUUCACAACAAAUUGCCUGCACAUCAGACUGUGUCACAAUCUCCCUGUCCUAGUGCUGCGGAGGAUGAGGAUCUAAGCAAGCCUGUUCCUUCAUCCACAAUUACAAAUUCUACUGCAGCAGAGUCUACCUCAAAUGCACCUACAAUGUCAUUUGCUAUUAACGUUUCCAAACAGGAAGUUCCUGAUGAAACUUUUGUUGAGCCAGCAGUGAGUGGAAAUCUUAAACUCAGCUCUGAUAACUCUGUCACUUACAGUGCAGAAUCUUCAGGAAGAUCUGAGGAGUCGAAGGGCUUGUUUAAAAAGAAUUGCAACAUAACAUCAGCUAAUGGAAUUUUGUUUGGAAAAGUGGCCCAUACAUUGCAGAAUUCCCAUUCUUCCUGUCAGAAUGCUGAAGAAGAAAGAUCCCAACAUGAGCUGCCAAAAAAUGAUUCACUAAAUGGUGCUAAUAGUUUAGAUAAUGAAUCUAAAGAAAAUGGACAGAAACUUGAUGAUUCCACUUGCCAAUUCCAACCUAUUAAACCUUCUGAGUUUUGCUUUUCUAAAACAAACGGAUUGUUUGAAUCGAUGCCUGUAGCUUUGUCACCGAUUCCUCAAGAAAUAAUCUUAGAAUCUAUCGCGUACAGCCAGAUGAACAGUUUGUCAGAGAAAAGAAGUGACCCUGGACCUCAGAAAUCUGAGAAUGAUGCUCUUAAGGAAAAUGCACUGUUUGCCUAUAAAGAAUCUAGGAAUCUUCCUUUCAAAUUUGGCUGUGAGGUUGAGAAUCUUUUUACUCAAUCAGAUUCUGAAACCACUUCCACCAAAGAAGAAGUUACUGAAAGUAUUAUAACAAAAGCUGAUAAUGUGCAUUCCAAUAUCAAUGGUCAGCACAAGGUCAGGAAAAAAUCCUUGGACACUGAAGAUGAAUUCCCUGGGCAGUGUGAGUAUGAAGAUGGUAGAGACAAACCAAGAAGAUCAAAAGAACCUGAACACAUUUCAAAAGAAAAUCCUUUGUAUGUCAAGGUCUCUCGUGAGAGCGGAAAGAAAUUAAGACAAACUUCCUCUUUAAAGUGUGAAAUUGAAUGUAGACUUGCAUCUCUAGAUAUUACUGAUGAAUGCCGAGAAGCAAUGAACACUUUUAAUGACUUUGUAGCGGUACCACCUGUUAAUGACUGUUCUAUUACAAAACUGGAUAAAGUUUUGGAGAGUCAAUUUUGUAGAGAAAAUGAGGGACUGGAUAAUAAAAAAUUUGAAGAAGAUAAAUAUAGGAAAAAACAUAAGAAAAAAAUAUAUGACUCUAAAAGACCUGACAAAGAGCACUACCGAAGGAAGAGAGAAUACUCAGACACUGAAGAGAAGGAGAGGCAAACCAGAAGCAGACCAGAUGAUUAUUCCCACAAGAGAAGACGCUCUCGCAGUGUGGAAUCAAAUAAGCAAUAUCGCCAUAGGCAGGAAUAUUGCAAUGAAAGCAAGUACAGAUCUUCCCAUAAUGAUGGAAACAGUCCAAAUAAUGGCAAAAGCUCAGGAAAAUAUUCUCGUUAUAGAUCCCGAAGCAGAGAAAGAACAGAACAAGACAGGAAUAGAUAUUAUUACUCCAAAGGAGAGAGAACUUGGAGCAGAGAAAGAUACUAUCAAGAUGAACCACGGAGAUGGGACAAGUGCAGAUACUACAAUGAUUAUUAUUCUGCUCAUGGAACAAGAGAUGGUAGAGAGAGAAGGUCCUCUCAUUGUGAUAAAGACUUUGACAAAUCAAGCCAAGCUUACAGUAACAGGUCACAUAAUCCUUAUCAUUGCAAAAGCAGAUGGUCUCACAGUGCACUCUCUAGAGAGGAAGUUGGACAUCACUUUAGCAGCCAUAGAGCAAGUCUGCAUCACUAUUCAGUACCUCAGCAGCCAUCUGAAAAAUAUGAAAGGCACACACUUCCACUUGUGUCAGCUCAUUCAAAUUUUGAGGGCUCUUCCCGGAACAAUGAAAAAGUAAGAAGCGUCAAAAGAAAAUAUACCCACACAGAAGGAAGUGGAAAUGAAAGUGGAAGUGAAAGCGAAAUAGAAAGGAAAUUCCGAAAGAUAGAUGACCAAAGAAUGAAAAAAUAUAAGAAGGACAAGAAGAAAAAGAAGUCCAAAGAUAAACAUCGAGAGAAGGCUUGCACAUCUUGUGAUUUGGGUUUCUGUAUGCUCCACUUUGACAAUCGCAGACAUAAGAAAAAGAAGAAAAAGAGGAAACACAUUAGGAAACUGGAAGGCCUCUUGGAAUGUUUAGAUGAUCAUUCCCAGAAGAAAGCACUGGAGAAGGGGAAAGAAUCUUGUCCUCCCAGCGGCUGUUUAUGUGAGCAAUACAGAAACCAGGGCAGUAAGCAACCGUACAAAAAAGGUGCAGGUGACAGCAAGAAAUGCAGCUGCAUCACAGCCGAGUAUGUUAAAGCUGUGGAGUUUACUGGUGGAAGGCUUCACUACUCAAACUAAACCUACCAUCAAACCCGACAACUUUUGACUGCCAGACCUGACAACUCGACCACCAAACCUGACGUUACCAAUAUUGACCACUAAACCUGACAUUACCAAUACUGACCACCAAACCCGACAUUACCGAUAUUGACCAUUAACCUGACGUUACCAAUAUUGACCACUAACCUGACGUUACCAAUAUUGACCAUAAACCUGACAU